GUCCUGCCAACGGCUCUCUUGGUGUCUCAACGUUCUGGUCAGCAGCUUUUUGCCGUUUCUCUCUCUCCACUUCUUGAGCGAGCAGCCAUGAGUUGGACUGUGCCUCUUGUGCGGGCCAGCCAGAGAGUGAGCUCGGUGGGAGCGAAUUUCCUGUGCCUGAAGAUGGCCCUGUGUCCCCGUCAGGCAGCGCGCAUCCCACUCAAGGGCGCCUGGCGCUUCACCUCCGUGAGCAAGAUGGCGACUGUGAAGAGUGAGCUUAUUGAGCGCUUCACUUCUGAGGAGCCCGUUCAUCACAGUAAGGUCUCCAUCAUAGGAACUGGAUCGGUGGGCAUGGCCUGCGCUAUCAGCAUCUUAUUAAAAGGCUUGAUCGAUGAACUUGCCCUUGUGGAUGUUGAUGAAGGCAAACUGAAGGGUGAGACGAUGGAUCUUCAACAUGGCAGCUCUUUCACGAAAAUGCCAAAUAUUGUUUGUAGCAAAGAUUACUUUGUCACCGCAAACUCCAACCUAGUGAUUAUCACAGCAGGUGCACGCCAAGAAAAGGGAGAAACGCGCCUUAAUUUAGUGCAGCGAAAUGUGGCCCUCUUCAAGUUAAUGAUUUCCAAUAUUGUCCAGCAUAGUCCCCACUGCAAACUGAUUAUUGUUUCCAAUCCAGUGGAUAUCUUAAGUUAUGUAGCUUGGAAGCUGAGUGCAUUUCCCAAAAACCGUGUUAUUGGAAGCGGCUGUAACCUGGAUACCGCUCGUUUUCGUUUCUUGAUUGGACAAAAGCUUGGUAUCCAUUCUGAAAGCUGCCAUGGAUGGAUCCUCGGAGAGCACGGAGACUCAAGUGUUCCUGUGUGGAGUGGAGUGAACAUAGCUGGUGUCCCUUUGAAGGACCUGAACUCUGAUAUAGGAACUGAUAAAGAUCCUGAGCAAUGGAAAAAUGUCCACGAAGAAGUGAUUGCUACUGCCUAUGAGAUUAUUAAAAUGAAAGGUUAUACUUCUUGGGCCAUUGGCCUAUCUGUGGCUGAUUUAACAGAAAGUAUUUUGAAGAAUCUUAGGAGAACACAUCCAGUUUCCACCAUAAUUAAGGGCCUCUAUGGAAUAGAUGAAGAAGUAUUCCUCAGUAUUCCUUGUAUCCUGGGAGAGAAUGGUAUUACCCAUCUUAUAAAGAUAAAGCUGACCCCUGAAGAAGAGGACCGUCUGAAAAAAAGUGCAAAAACACUUUGGGAAAUUCAGAAGGAGCUCAAGAUUUAAAGUUGUCUAAAACUACCAUUCCGAAAUUAUUGAAGAGAUCACAGAUACAGGAUUAUAUAACGAAAUUUUGAAUAAACUUGAAUUCCUAAAAGAUGGAAACAGGAAAGUAGGUAGAGUGACUUUCCUAUUUAUUUAGUCCUCCAGCUCUUUUAUUUAGCAUCCACGUGCUGGAUGAUACUUAUUUACAAUUCCUAAGUGUUUUUGGUACCUCUGAUGUAACAGCACUUGCCUUGUUAUAUACAUGUUGUUAGCAUUUGGUUCCCAAAAAGUAGGAUGUAGGUAUUUAUUGUGUUCUAGAAAUUCUGAGUCUUUUCAUUAGAUAUAUGCUAUUUCUUUCAUUCUUGCUGUCUUACACCUAUGUUCAUUUAUACGCUGUAAAGUAGUAGCUUCUUCUACAGUAUAAAAAUAAAAGUAUGUACAUACAAAAAAAAUAUGCAGUAGUAUAUACAAUCUUUUGUUUUGCUUCUUUUGAUAGUCAAUAAGUUCUAUUUGUUGAAUGAAUAAAAUACGGCGAGGCAUAUGAUUUGCUUCAUGAGAAACCGGAUCACAGACCCAAAAGCUUAAAACAGAUAGACAUUAAAAUGGAUAUUGGCCAUACCUUCCCAGCAUAAUGAUGAAUGAUGAAGCCUUGGUUCCAACUGUUGAAGUGCUCAUGACUCCCAAUCUGCAUCUGAAGUUUCUGGAGCAGUGUCUGAUCUGCCCCCUCACCCACCGCAUGCAUCGUGGCGCACACAUCAUCCAGGAUGCUCAUGAUACCAGGAGGGUUCUGAUGGGAGCAAGAAGGCAAGGCCCUAGUCACUGACCUCUCCAAAACAGACAAUGCUUAUCAGGUCCUUUCUUAGGGAAGGAAACAGCUCCCCAGACUUAAGAUACCAUCUUGAAAGUCAGUCUUCCCCUUCAGGCAAGAAUGCAAUUAAUAGUCCCAAAUGGGAAGUCACCACUUAGAUCUAAAGAGGGAGGAAACUCCAUUUUCCAAAAAGCUGUUUAACUCCCUGAAGUUUUAUCCAACAGUCAUGCACAGAUCAUUAUCUGCUCACUCAUAUUCAUGCCAAAUUGACUUAAGAAUCCAAAAGUAAAAUAAAAACACUUUCCUUUGACCUAA